GACGCGGCAGGGGUGUUUCGCGUUCCGUCUCCCGACACCGGGCGCGCAGAGAUCGGCCUUGCGCGCGCGCGAGUGCGACCCACCCGCGAGCCAGCCGCCGUUGGAGGAUGCCCGAGUGCCGCGUCGACCAUCGGGAGUUAUCGCAGACCCGGGACAGCGGUUAACGGCGCCGGCGACGCCACGUCGGCCGGGCGGCCCCCUAGUCGACGUCGGGAGGCGCGAAGUGAGCCGCGAGAGGCGGAGGGAGAGAGAGAGAGAGCGAGAGAGAGAGAGAGAGAGAGAGUGAGAGAGAGCGAGCCCCAACGGAGGGAGGAGCGCGCCGGCGGCAUUCCUCGCGCAGCGGUCCCGCGGGCGCCACCUAGCGCCGCGCCGCCGGAACUAGCCGGAACUAGCCGGAACUAGCCGAGGCCGCCCGAGGGAGCCCGGGAGGCGGCGCCGCGGACACCUUUGGGACACCUCCGCGUGCUCUCGCCGAGGCGCGAGGGGCGACGAAGACCGCGAGGACGGACGUCUUGGGGCCAGCCUCGGAGGCAGGGGAGCGGGCCCGGUCCCCGGGCCCCUGGGGAUCCAGGAUGCCGGUGCCGGUGGCGGCCUGGGAGAGCCCCGAGCUCGGCCUCCUCUACGGGCCCGCCGACACGGCGACGGUCGUCUCCGAGGACAUCUGGAAGAAGUUCGACAUGGACGGGCUGGAGGGUCCCCAUCCGCUCCUCGGUUACGAGGAGGAGGCCCUCUCGGACGUCUGCGACGAGCUCUCCUUCUCGUGCCUGGGCUCCCGGGAGAUCCGGCACCACGACUGCAUGUGGGCGGGCCUGUGCAUCAGCAAGGAGCACAACCGGAUCCUCUCGACCAGGAGGAGCGCCCAGGCCCCGAAGAGCGUGCCCGCCGGUCACAGUCUGCUGAUCUCGAGGGCGGCCCCGCCCCCCCGGCGGUGUCGGCCCCCGAAGAACCUGGAAAGCGACGGGGACUCGACGAGACCCCAGACCCCCCAGAGCUCGGACGAGGACACCGAGACCGACGACGAGGAGGAGGAAGAGGAGGACCAGGAGGAGCGGACGGGGAGGGGGAGGACGCGCACCCAGGAGAAGCUGUCCGAGUGCCUGAGCACGACCGAGGCCGCCCCCGUGAGCGAGGUCACUGGCCAGCUGGUGCGCAGCUUCCACGAGAGGAGGCGCAUGGAGGAGGCCGCCGAGCCUACCGAGGUCAGGAACACCCUCAGCGACCACUGCUACCACCUGAACGAGUUCGACGGGAAGCGACUCGACCAUCUCGGCGUGCAGACGCCCUCGGACUCGGAGGAGGAAGGCGCCGAGGAGGAGGAGGAGGACGAGGAGGAGGAGGAGAUCGACGUGGUGACGUUCGAGAAGCCGACGAGGCCCGCGGGUUUCCCGACGUAUCCGAGCCCGGAGGAGCAGCAGCGGUUCCAGGCAACAGUGAAGACUGCCCUGAAGGAGCGGGUGCCGACCGGCCGGCCCCGGGGGCGACCCCCCUCCUCGGGGACCCAGAGGAAGAGGACGGCCCAGGGCGAGCCAAAGCCGGCCAAGCGGCCGCGACCCAGGAGCUACCAGAAGAGGGGCAGGCCCCCCGCGACCCCCGUCCUGCCGCCGAGCCCGCCGACCCCCCCGACGCCCCCCAGGACGGUGCACCAGCCGACCCCCCAGAAGGCCCACUCCUCGAGGUGCAGCUCCGACGACGAGCAGGACUCCGGUAAGCGGAGCCUCCACAACAACAUGGAACGCCAGCGGAGGAUCGAGCUCAGGAACGCGUUCGAGGAGCUCAGGGUCCUGGUCCCGGCCCUCGAGGCCAAGGACAAGGCCCCCAAGGUCGCCAUCCUCAGGCAGGCCGCGGUCUACUGUGAUAUCCUCUCGGAGACCGCCGAGAUCACCGAGGCCAAGGUCGCCGAGCUCAAGAGGCACCAGGCCAGGCUCAGGGCGAGGCUCUCGCAGCUCAGGCGGAACCUGGCGCUGACCCGCUGAGGAGGAGGGACACGUCGACCCUCGAGCUCCGAUGCACCCUGGACGGAGUCCUCCUUGGAGGGGACUGCACGGGGAAGAGGAAUGCUUCCGGCGGGAGGUAAUCCUAGGGAUUUGACCCGUGGGGGUGGCGGCGGAGGGUGGCCCAUCCCGGGAGCAGAGGACGGGAACGACCUACCUGGGUGAGAGCACUUACCAGCUCCGAGGAGGACCGCGACGACGGGGAACGCCUGUGGCCGAGCUAGCCCGUUGCCGCGAGAAACUGUCGAUAUGACGAUGAAGAAAUAUGGAAGGAAAGAAAGAAAGAAUAAAAAAAAAUGAAGGACGUUCACGUCGAUUAAAGAGAAAUAAAGAGAGAAAGAGAGACACCGAAAAUGGACGACCGUCUCAUUUAUGCGCGGCUGUUAAAAAGAGAAGGAAAAAAAGAAAGAAAGAACCAAUAGAUGAUUUCUUGUCGCUUCAGGGACGCGUAGGAGGAAGGAGAGAGAGAGAGAGAAAGAAAGAGAGAAAUGUCGCGGGAACGGAGAGAGGAAAGGAGGCGAAAAAUACGGGAACCCGACACGGUCGAUGCACCGCAAUAUGUACCGAUAUACAUACAUAUAUAUUAUAAUAAUAAUAGAGAAUCUCUUCUUAUUUUUGCAAGAAAACCCGUGGAGAAAAAAUCAAGGAGAUAAAAAAAAACAAUGAAUACUGAUACAAGAGCAACCUGACGUUCGCGCAAAGGAGCGCGCGGCGUCGAUCGUUAUUAUUUUUCUAUUUCUCUUUCUUGCCUUGUAGAGGCGGAAUUUCGGAAGAGAAGAAAAUGCCUCGAGUAGAAGUCAGCCGGGAGGUCGAGACACGACAUGGGAUUUCGACGUCGGCGUCGCGACGCUCCUCGUCGACGAAAGAAAAUACCGCAGAGACUUAGCCGCUUUAAGGGGACCGCGGGCCACAAGCUUUUUUUGGUUUUUCCCGUUUUUCCUUUUUGUUUUAAUUUCACGCCACUUUUCCCGAGUCCGAGAUAUUUCGAUAUUUCGAGGAUUAGCAUUAGGAUACCAAGACUUCACGCGAUUCCAGCUGGAAGAGGUCCACCCAGGUUUACCCUGGGAAUCGCGUGACAGGGCCGAACAAAGUGGGUCGGAGUUCAGGGAAAAAAUCGCCUCUCGAUGACGCGAUUUCGGCGAAACGUUUCUUUUUCUUUUCUUUUCUUUUUGUUCCAUUCUUUUUCCUCAAUACCGAACCGCACCUCGUCGUGAUUGCGGCGCCAGGCUUUCGGGUCCUAUCUUGAGGAAUUGGCAGAUUGUUGUUAUUAUUAUUACCUAUUUUUUUUUUUCUCGAGAAUUCCAUUUUUUAACUCCGAUUUGACGCCGUUUGCGAGGUGAUCGAAAAGCGGCGCCGGGCUCGGUCGCGAGCUCCCUGUUCAUUAAACGUACCUACAUCUCUCGAUGACUAUGUUAAUGGUAAAUAGCGAAUAAUUAGUACACCAAUAGGAGUGCAGGCGUAUGCAUAGAUACACGCAUGAAUAUAUACACGAGGGUAUGGGUGUAUAUAUGUGGGCACAUACGUACAGAUUUAUAUAUAUAUAUGUCGGUCCUACGGUCGCCGGCUCGGUGCGCGUGCACCGAAUGCGCGAUCAGCUGAUCGCCCGUAGACCACGUGGCACGAGCACGUGCGUAGGUGCGUACAUACGAAUCGACGUGUACAUGGGUCGGGAGACGAUCAUGCGAGGUGUUUCGGAAAUUCGACCUAGGACAUGUACCUAGCCGGGCGGAAAUUCUUUUUUUAUUCUUUCUCUUCGUAUAUGUUGUUUUUUUUUUCCUACUUCCCGGCCCGGAAACGAAAAAUGCAAUCCUGUAAUAUUUAUACACGACGAUUCGCGGCGACACCCAGACACUGGCACUCACACACACGUACACGUACACCCUUAGGCGUAGUAUUUAUAUACCUCUAUUUACCGUCUUAUAUAACGCGGGCGCCGUUUUCUACGAAUCCCUCGGGCGAACUUUUGUACAGUGCUAUACUUUGUACGGUUAACGCGGUUUUCGAGCGAGGCGGGAAGGAAUUAGUUAUGUUGUGUACUUAAACGGAUGAGAGGAAAUAAGAAAAAGAUAGAAAUAGAAAAGAGGGAAGGAAGAAACGGUUCUAGUGACUCGCGGAUGUCGCUGGCUCGACGAAACGAUCCGGGAACGGUUUUGGAUUGUUUCUUUCUUUUUUUUCGCUCUCGAAGAGAUGUCGGAGGGUUUUUAUCACGUCCUUUGGGAAUCAUCUCGUGGAAGGGGGAUUUUGACGGCAGGUCUCGGGACGUUUCGACGAGCCAUUGGUGACUCUUCUCCUGGUACGAGAGCCUUAAUUGCGCGAGGCGAUUACUGUUGCUCGCCGCUAUGCUAAUGUUUUGUUUGAGAGAAUCGAAUGUCCUUUUGUUUAUCUUUUCUUUUCUUCUUUUUUCUUUUUCUACUAGGAAAAGGGGUCAGACAGUUCCUUGACAUUUAUGUUUUCAAAGUAUCUUAUCGACAUAUUAAAUAAAACGAUAUAUCAUUUAA